AACUCAGAACCUAGAUAAACAGCAUUUUGGGUGGUGUGACUGCUGCGGCUGCUGCUGGGCUAUAUAAAGAGCAUCACUUUGCUUGUCACAAGGUUUUUUCUUAAUUGUGUGUCGACUCAGCGGUAACAGUCGGAGUUCGAAAAGUUUAGCGGGCGAAAUAAAACGGUUCAAAAUGAGUGAUUACAAGUACAUGAGUGGUUUUGGUUCUCACUUCUCCACCGAAGAUCCCAGAUGUCCAAACGCAUUGCCCGAAGGACAAAAUACACCACAAAAGUGUGCGUACGGUUUGUAUGCUGAACAAUUAUCGGGUACAGCAUUCACAGCCCCACGUCACGAAAAUGCACGCACUUGGUUCUAUCGCAUCAAUCCCAGUGCCAAACAUCAGCCAUUCCAGGCAUAUGAAACAGCUGGAAAACAUUUGAGUCAUAAUUGGGAUGAACAAAAACCAAAUCCCAAUCAGAUGCGUUGGAAACCAUUCGAUAUUCCUAGUGGAAAUGAGCCAGUGAAUUUUGUUCAAGGUCUACACACUGUCUGUGGUGCUGGAGAUGCUCGUUGUCGUCAUGGUCUGGCUGUUCAUGUGUAUCUCUGUAAUACGUCUAUGGAAAAUACUGCUUUUUAUAAUAGUGAUGGUGACUUCUUAAUUGUACCCCAAGAGGGAGUUUUGGAUAUUACCACUGAAUUUGGUAAAAUUAAGGUUUCACCAAAUGAGAUUUGUGUUAUACCCCAGGGUAUACGCUUCUCAGUAAAUGUUACAGGACCAACUAGAGGUUAUAUAUUGGAGGUUUAUGAUAAUCAUUUCAAUUUGCCUGAUUUGGGACCCAUUGGUGCCAAUGGCUUGGCCAACCCCAGAGAUUUUGUAACACCCGUAGCCUGGUUUGAAGAUCGUCAAGUUGAAGAUUUCCAGGUAGUCUCCAAAUUCCAGGGUCACUUAUUUGCAGCCAAACAAAAUCAUUCCUGUUUUGAUGUGGUGGCCUGGCAUGGCAACUAUGUGCCCUACAAAUACGAUUUGUCGAAAUUUAAUGUUAUUAACUCGGUUAGUUUUGAUCAUUGUGAUCCCAGUAUUUUCACAGUGUUAACCUGCCCUAGUGCAAAAUAUGGCACUGCCAUAGCCGAUUUUGUUAUAUUCCCUCCAAGGUGGUCGGUGCAAGAGCAUACAUUUAGACCACCUUAUUAUCAUCGUAAUUGCAUGAGCGAAUUCAUGGGCUUGAUUUUGGGCCGCUAUGAAGCCAAAGCAGAAGGCUUUAUGCCAGGUGGCGCCACCUUACACUCCAUGAUGACCCCUCAUGGCCCCGAUAACAAAUGCUUUGAGGGCGCUUCUAAUGCCAAAUUGCAGCCCGAACGUGUGGCUGAGGGUACCCAGGCAUUUAUGUUCGAAUCUUCUUUGAGCAUGGCUGUGACAAAGUGGGGUGAGGAGACUUGCCAGAAGUUGGAUGCCAAAUACUAUGAAUGUUGGCAGGCUUUGAAAAAUAACUUUAAAUUAAACAAUUAAAUGUAAAAUAAAUAAAUACAUGCAUAUUCUUAUUUUUAUAAAAAAAUAAAAUAAAACAAAAAUUGUUGUAGAUAAUUAAAAAUUGUUAGGAAAAAACUCUAGGUUUGACCAGCUAAAAUUA